AUGCGACAGGCGCAAGGCUCCCGCCCCUCCCAACAAGACCAAUACACCAUCCUCCCUCCCGAGGCAUUCUGGAAUCAAACCGACCAGCUCGCGCUCUUCGCCGUUUACGACGGACAUGGAUCAAGCAAGGUCGCCAAACACGCCCGCGACAACAUCCCCAGAUACCUGAAAGAAAGCCAUGCACUCGCCAAAGGCGAGUACGAGGAGGCGAUCGCUGAGGCGAUUCACAAGGAGGAGGAGCAGCUGCUGCAUGAGUUCUGGGCGGGAGAGGAUAAGCAUGCGCAGGCGGGGACGACGAUGGCCCUCGUGAUCUUGAACCUCAAGCGCGGGGUGCUGGUGGUCGGGAAUGUGGGCGAUUCGGAUGUGGUGUUGGGGGAGGUGAAGGUGGGAGAAGGGGGGAAGGGGGUGGAGGUGACGCGGUUGUCGACGACGCAUAAGCCGGAGAAUGCGGGGGAGCGACAUCGGGUGGAGUUGGCCGGCGGGAGUGUGAAUACAGACAGUGGGACGGCGAGAAUCGGAGCGCUGAACAUGUCGCGCGCCUUGGGGGAUCUGCAAUACAAAACCCCCCUCAACAACAUGACGGAGCGGGGCAAGAGGAGCAGCUACGAGGGGGAGAAUCCCGGCGAUGAGAGCCCGCUAGGGGACUUCAUCUCCAGCGAGCCUGCCCUGAACCGCGUCGAACUCCGCGAUCACAGCCGAUAUGUGCUGGCUCUGCUGUCGGAUGGCGUGACCAAUGUGUUGGAUGACGCGACAAUCCUCAACCGCAUCUGCGAGUUGCAGCAGUCGGGCUUUGACGCCCAGCGUGCAGCAGAGAACAUCACCGAGGGGUCAACCUCUUUGCCGGGCAGUGAUAAUGCGAGCUGUGUGGCUGUCUUCUUUGAAGGGCUCAAGUUUGAAGUCCACAUAACCCACUUCCAUCCAUUGCCCGCCACGAUGUUCGAGAACAUCGUCCAGCCGCAGCUGAAAAGCAGACCGCACCUUCCGACCCCCUCUGUCGGCCCUCAAGCCUCAAGCAACAUCAUCGACAUCCGCACGGACAAGAAUGAGUCCCAGCUUCGGGAGUCGCUGCAGGAGACCGUCCAGGCGGCAUGCCAGGGCAAGGCAGCCAUGCCCGAUUUGCUCCUCUGGGAUGAACAGGGGCUGCGAUACUUCGAAGACGUCACCUUCUCCCCGCACUACUAUCUGACAAGCGAAGAGAUUGGGCUUCUGGAGAAGUACAAAUACCAAAUCGCGCAGUAUAUCCCGUCAGGAAGCACGGUGGUCGAAUUGGGCAGUGGCAACCUCCGCAAGGUGAAGAUUCUGCUCGAGGCCUUGGACGAGAUGGGUCACGAGGUCGACUAUUUUGCCCUGGACGUCUCCUUCGCGGAGCUGCAGCGGACGCUGAGCAUGGUCCCGCCGGGAGUCUUCCGCCAUGUGCGCUGCUUCGGCCUGCUGGGCACCUACGACGAUGGCCGCGAGUGGCUGCAGCAGCCGGACAUCCGCUCGCGCCCGCAGACUAUUCUCUCCCUGGGCUCUACACUGGGGAGCUUUCAGCGGGCGGAUGCAGCGGCGUUCCUGGCCGGCUUCGUGCAUGGUGACGCGGAUGGGGAGAAUCGUCCGUCUUUCCUCCUGGGGUUGGACGGGUGCAAGGACGGGGACCGGGUGCUGGCGGCGUAUAAUGAUCCAGAAGGUGUUAACCGGCGGUUCAUCAAGCAUGGUCUGGAGCGGGCAAAUGAGGUUCUCGCGCAGGCGGUGUUCGCGCUCGAUCGAUGGGAUGUGGUGGGUCGAUGGAACGCGGAGAACGGCAGUCAUGAUCAGUAUUACCUUGCGACCGGUGAUACCACGCUUGCUGGAAGAGAAGUGCCAGCGGGAAUGCGCAUCCGGGCAGUACAAAGCCACAAAUGGGAUGCGGACGAUCGCAAGACGCUCUGUGAGCGGGCCGGACUAGAGGAGGUGGAUGGCUGGGCGUCGGAGAGUCAGUACAGUGAGUGUAGUCUUUCGGGUUGA